UACUCAAUGUCGGUUUCCCAGAUAAGCAUCAUUUAAAGACCCAAGCUGCAUCAAGUGACCCUUUUAACGAGGUCAAUGAUUCGUCAACCAUUCGAAAGCUCUGGAGAGACCAAGAGAAAACAUACAAUAACCCACACCUCCCCCACAGUCAUUAUAUAGAAAAGAGAGAAAGUGCCCGGUCCCACCGCGUGGCCCUUUUGUGCUGUUCCUGCAAACGCAGCAGACCUCCUGCUAUAUAGACCCGCGCGCCCAGCCCUACACACCCAACAGCACCAUCCCAUCCGAACCGCCAACACCAGCCAUGGGGAAGAUCACCUUCUAUGAGGACCGUGGCUUCCGGGGCCGCCACUAUGAGUGCAGCAGCGACCACUCCAACCUGCAGCCUUACUUCAGCCGCUGCAACUCUGUGCGCGUGGACAGUGGCUGCUGGAUGCUCUAUGAGCAGCCCAACUUCGGAGGCUGCCAGUACUUCCUGAGGCGUGGGGACUACCCUGACUACCAGCAGUGGAUGGGUUUCAGCGACUCCAUCCGCUCCUGCCGCCUCAUCCCCCACUCCAGCUCUCACAGGAUCAGGAUCUACGAGCGAGAGGACUACAGAGGCCAGAUGGUGGAGAUCACCGACGACUGCUCCCACCUCCAGGACCGCUUCCACUUCAGUGACUUCCACUCCUUCCACGUGCUGGAAGGCUACUGGGUCCUCUAUGAGAUGCCCAACUACCAAGGCCGGCAGUACCUGCUGAGGCCUCAGGAGUACCGGCGCUACCACGACUGGGGCGCCAUGAACCCCAGGGUGGGCUCUCUAAGAAGAAUCAUGGAUUUCUAUUGAAAUUUCUUACUCUGCCCUUUCAUCAUUUGGAAGUUAAUAAAAUAUUUCCUGUGUGUUCCAUGCA